CACACACCACAUAACAUGGCAGAAGCCUCCGCCGAUAAAUUAGCAAAAUUAGCCAGCCAAGGUCAAUUCUCUUCCAUGGAACCAUCUCCUCAUAGUCCAUCUUCUCCGGUUAAGCUCUUCGGUUUCCGAAUAGCUGAGCCUGAGAGGAUUCCUGAAAGGCAAGAAGUUGUCCAGAGUACGCAGGAUGACCAUCUUAUCAGCAAAAAAUUCGAGUGCCAUUUUUGCCGCCGAGUAUUCGCUAACUCUCAAGCCCUGGGGGGCCAUCAGAACGCUCACAAGAGGGAGCGUCAGAGGGCCAAAUGGGCGUAUCACCAUCACGGGGAUCACAGACCGCGGUGCAUAUUGGCGGGGACUCCGGUGAUCAUGCCCCACGGUGUGAGAUCCGCACCACCCAAUUAUUUAUUCCGUGGUGCUCUGAUCUCGGGCAAUGGUGCCGUUGCCAGAUUUGAGUUCCCAACGAGAGAUCACUCCCGUUCUUCGCGGCCAUUUUUGCUCUCUCCGUUUCCCCCAUCUCACACUCAUGUGUUCGACGUACCGCGGCGUGUAGGGCUUUCUCCUGUUGCCGGGGCUAUGGUGUCGCCAUUGCACAGCACAAUGUCUAGAAAAUCACCAGAAAUGGAUGCCGGUGUUGAUCUUCACCUCAAACUUUCGACGUCAUAAUAGAGACUUGAGAGUGAUCCAUGGCCGACUUGAAAUGUCAGGAGAAAUUCCAUGUGAUGUUUGAUCAAGUUUUAGCUCGUCAUUCCUCUGAAUGUUUGAGGAAUUCCUUAUGUUAGAUCCCUCAGUAGCUCAUCCGACCGGAUGUUCAUCUAAAAUUAUUUCAGAUUGAUAGCUUGCUUAUAUCAUAAGUAAACUUUGCUUGAAUGAAAUAGUUCUCUUGAUUAAUUCCGC